UAAAAUGAAAUUAAAAGAAGCUGAACGGCAGCAAGAAGCAUCAUCCACACCCAUUCAACUGACUGACGAUAUUUUACUGGGUCCAUAUAGUCACAAUGAGAUAAUAAGCGAACAACAAAGUAAGGCGCGUCGUCGUCGAUUAGCCGAAGAAAUAAAAAAUCGCACGUGUAAACCGGUUAUUCGUCGUUCAGCUGCAUAUUUAAAGAACGAAAACACGCCUCAAAUACCAGCGACAAUUGUAUUUGAUGUUGAAGGACGAGCAAUACAAGUCAGAACAACAGCAAUAAUUGAUACCGGGGCAACAACAUCAAUUUUACCAAAAUCGUUGCUGUUUCAACCUCGUAAGUGUGUUUAA